AUGCCGCCGCGGUAUUUCAAGAAUGAUGCGCCGCUGGCGAGGCGAGAUCCUCGCCGCCAACUCGAAGCCUCCCUCACACGCCUCGUAAACGACAACCCACCGAAUGAGAUCCGCCCCGGCGGCGGCCUCUUCAAAGGCCCGGUCAGCGUCGCCUACGUCUUCCUCGUCCUCCAGCAAAUGUACCCCAACCUGGUCAUCGAAGGCCACGCCCUGGGCACGUGGUCCGCCGCAUACCUCAAGCAAGCACAAGACAACAUCGCCAGCUACCCCGGUCCCUCGAUCGGCAAGUGUGGCAUUACGGACGACAUUCUGAGUUUGUUGGCGAUUGGGGCGGCGAGCAGUAAAGACGCGGAGAUGGCGGCGAACCUGUGCGAUUACUCGGCAGAGGCGAUUGAGCCUGAGACGGAGAAUGAGAUGCUGUAUGGACGGGCGGGAUACCUCUACCUCUUGCGGCUGGUCAAGGCGUCGUUCGUGGACGAUCCCAAGACUCUGCAACUCAUCACAGAUACCCAGGACGACGUGAUCGACGUGAUCCUCGAUUCGCCCCGGCCGUGGAAAUGGCGAGGUAAGACCUACAUCGGCGCGGUCCACGGCGCCAUGGGCAUCAUCACCCAAGUCGUCCUCACCAACCCCCAGAAAUACGCCGAGAAAAUGGAGACCGAACUGGCCGUCCUCCUCACCUACCAAUACGACAGCGGAAACUUCCCCUCCAGCGUGCCCCCCGAACGCGACCGCCUCGUCCAAGUCUGCCACGGCGCCCCCGGAGUCGUGACAUCCCUCCUCAGCAUCCGCUCCCACUUCCCCAAUCUCCACGAAAAAAUCGACAAAGCCAUCGCCAAAGGCCGAGAAUGCAUCCUCGAGCGCGGCCUGCUCACCAAGGAACCCUGCCUGUGCCAUGGGAUUUCUGGAAACGCGCUCGCCCUGGAGGAUGCCGAGUUUGAGCAUUUCUUAACGUACACGACAGGCCAUGAGAUGAAGAGUAUGGAGAAGGACGGGAUGCUGGAGAAGAGUUCCGCGCCGGAGAGUUUGUUCUUCGGGGAGGCCGGGCGCGCAUGGACGUGGGCGGUGGCGGAUAAGGAGUUGGAGAAGAGGAUUUUGGGGUAUAAUGAUCUUUGA